GAUAAACAAAUGAAAUAUUGACUUAUUAUUUGUUUGGGGGCAGAACGUCAACCUAUCGAACAUUUUAUACACCAAAUCCUCAGAAUGCCUCCAAAAAAAAAAGGUGGUGGUGGGGGAAAAGGAGGAAAGAAAAAAUCGGAAGGUUAUGUCAUUGAUGGUGUAUCAACAACAGAAAUGACUCGAGAACAGCUAGAAGUAUUUGCCCACCGCUUACGGGAGGAGAUGGAAAGGGAGCGAGAAGAACGCAACUUCUUCCAACUUGAAAGGGACAAACUCAGAACAUUCUGGGAAAUAACAAGACAACAACUGGAGGAAAACCGUGCAGAACUGAGGAACAAAGAUAGAGAAAUUGAAGAAGCUGAAGAAAGGCACCAGGUGGAGAUCAAAGUUUACAAACAAAAAGUGAAACACCUCCUUUAUGAGCAUCAGAACAAUCUGUCAGAACUUAAGGCAGAGAGCAUGGUGUCACUUAAGAUGGCCCAAGAUGACUACAAUGAACAGGAAAUGGAACUCCUCAAAGACAAAAGAAAAUUGAAAUAUCAGCAUAAGGAACAAGAACUAGCACAUGAAGAUGAGAUUCGAGCAAUAUGCAUGAAACACAGUGAAGAGCUUAAUAAGGUCCGUGCUACAUUCGAGGUUGAAGCUCGAGAGAUUGAAGCAAAAUACGAAAAGCGGCUAACAACUCAGAGAAAUGAACUUAAUUUAAGGCACAGAAUGGAAUUAACUGAAAUUGAAGAACGAAAAAAUAAGCAAGUAGCUGAGUUAAUUAAGAAUCAUGAAAAUGCAUUUUCAGAGAUUAAGAACUACUAUAAUGACAUUACUCUUAACAAUCUUGCUCUCAUUAGUAGUCUCAAGGAGCAGAUGGAAGACAUGAAGACGAGAGAAGAACAUAUGGAAAAGCAGUUACGUGAUGUCACAACAGAAAAUCACAAAUUGGUAGAACCACUUCAGCGAGCCCAGGCUGAAGUUACUGAGUUGAGCCGCCAACUGAGAAACUAUGAAAAAGACAAGGUGUCAUUAGCCAACACAAAAUCUCGUCUUUCAAUAUGUCAAAAGGAAUAUGGCGAGCUGAAAUGGGAAAAUGAGGUCCUGGAACUCCGAUUUGAAAAGUUGCAACAAGAACGAGAUGAGCUACACAAUCGAUUUGUAACUGCAAUAUUAGAACUGCAGCAAAAGGCAGGGCUCAAGAAUGUCUUACUUGAGAAGAAACUGGCAGCACUGAAUGAUCUACUAGAGCAGAAAGAAGCUCAAAUCAACGAGGUUUUAGCAGCAGCUCAUCUAGAUCCAACAGCCAUGACCACUGUUAACAAGAAACUUGAGGAGCUGUUGUGUCGGAAAAAUGCUGCCCUCCAAGAUCUGCAGUACGAGUUGGCAAGGGUGUGCAAGGCACAUGAUGACCUUCUCCAGACAUAUGAAGGGAAGCUUCAGCAAUAUGGCAUACCAAAAGAGGAGCUAGGUUUCACCCCACUACAGGCCAGCAUGGGUGGCACCCGAAUAGGCCGCGGUCCAGCUGGACUUGUCACCGCCAAUCAGUAGACAGAUCUUGUCACAUAACAGUAAACAUAUCAUGCUGCACUGAAUAAAACUGAAACAACUUCUAUAGGUGUCAUGACAGUAUAUUUCUAGAGAUAUCAAUGUCAUUAUUCAUGCAGCCACAUCAGAAGUAUGCUGUAGUUAGGAAAUGGAAGAAAACUAUAAGACAUCACAAACGUAAAUAUGAAUACAAUGCACUUUCUGUCCCUGGGCAAUGUGAUCUUUAAUCAAAUGUAAUUAUUAAGAAGAAUGGGAUUUCCAGUAACACAUUUCGCCAUACAAAAACUGAAAUCUAUUUUCAUAUUUGUAGAACUUUUUUAGCCGAUACAAAAUAAUGGUUAGUGUAAAUAUUGCCCUGUGUACUGUGUAAAAUAUACUGUUCUAUGAUGCAAGUUAUUAUUAUUAUUAUCCCUUAAGAUUCAACACCACUAACAUUUCAACCAACCACUUAACAUAAUCCUAUUCCCGCUCACAUCCUCACAAUCCAAAUUUAUAAGCUUAAUUUUAACACCACAAUAAUUUCAACAUGAUAUUAUUAAAAAAUGCCUUUAUAUUACAAUCCCUUCUCUGUAGUGUAUAUAUAUAUGUAUCAAACAUUAAGACACAACAGGAUGCGUACUAUGAAGAUGGAAGAGAAAGUUAAGUCAUAACAUCAUUUUUCAGGAGAAGAAACAUCUUCAGAUGUUCAGGCAGCAUACUUGGCAACUUGAUAUUUCUUGCCAGUGACUGGAAAGCACUAUGUUUUAGUAACAUCACUUGUUCCAACUUGAUCCUUUUUAUAACAAAAACGUUAUGAUGUACUUAUCUAAUUUUAAUCAAUUUCUUUCUUUAUACAACAAUCGUGGUGAAUUAAGUGGUAACAGAACAAGUUUUUCUUCAAGUCUCUUCAGUUUUUCUCAAAGCUGAAACCCUGAAGGGAUAUUCAGACCUAUAAGCAACCUGGGAAAGGCUGUGAACAGCCCAUGAUAAUAGAAGGAAUAAUAAAACUGGAAGGUAAAGCAGCCCACAAUUGGGUCUAAGGUUUCAAUUUUCUUCUAUGAUAAUAAUUCAACUCAAAAUUAAUGGGACUGUUAUUGUAAACAAAGACUAUAUAAGAUUUUAUUAACAUAUCCUAUAAUAAUAUGAAACAUUUAUUUAGCACAUUGCAUGUAUGCACAUAUUUUCUGCAAACAGUGAUGUGGAAGAAAAGAAACAGCUAAAGCACGAAUUCUGCUCUAAUUAUAAAAUGGCAUAGUAUUGUUAAGAACUAACAUUGUUACAGAUUUUCUCCUACAUUUUUAACAAGUUAUUUGUACUAAGAUUUCUUUCUCAGACAAUGCAAUAUUCUUCCAUUAUAUAGCAUUCUUAUAAUCUAAUAUUGCAUCAUACAUAUCUUUAAAAAUUAUUUUCUGGUUGAAAGAAAGAAGACACCAGUUUAAACUGGAAUUUCUCUGAUUGCACAUGGAUAAUCUUGCCACCAAGACAAAGAGAAUAACAUUUCACAAAUAUUUACAUGGAAACCAUAUAAUUGAUGCAAUUAUGCUGUAGGGAAAUUAAUGGCUUUAUCCCCUUCACCAAAAUUCUGUUUCAUGUAAUCACUUCCAACAAAUUCCCACUCCGCCCCACGUGCCUUCAUUGUGUGGUGGCACUGGGACAAGUUCAUUAUGAAUUAUUAAUAUGUUUAAUAUACCAAGGAGGAAUCCCCCCCCCCUUUUACACCUCUACAUUCACUGUUACUGUAGCCAAAACUGUCUUGUUUUUUUAAUUUUUAAGCAUCAAUUUAAAAAGUCUGAAGUAUGUGUAAAUAAUAAACAAAACUGUAUCAUAAUUACUUUCAAUGCCUUAUGAUUUUGAAUACCUAUUUUAUGAACAACCAAACCUUAUAUUUAUUAUUCACUUCCAUUUUCAAUUAUUUCAAGUUUUCAAUGCAUGUAGAACUCCUUCCACCCUCCCCUUUUAACACUAACUUCCUUAAUGAGGCAUAAGGCUACAAAAUAUUUUAAAUAUGAUAUUUCAAGUCGGAAGAUGGCCUGCUAAAAAUAAUUUCAAAUAUUACUUCCGGCAGCUUAGGUCUUGACUUACGCAAAAUCUGUAAAAUGUUCUCAAAAACAAAGACAAACUCCGUGAUUUUAGUCCACAAGCGAACUAGUUCUCAUGCUACAAUAUUCUACAACACAAUUUAAGAAUUCAUAUUCUUCCAUUUAUAAGGAAUAUCCUUUUAAAACCAACUGUAGGGACGUUAUCCAUACAUUUCAGUUCUAAAUGGAAGUAAGUUCGGUGAGCUAUGGCACUGAGAUGUGAAGUACCUUCACUGCCGGAAAAGAUGUUGGGAGGUAAGCAGAGCUCAGCAUAUCAAGUGUUGUGGCUGAGAUAAGGCCAUGUGUUGAGUUCCGUUUCCACAACACUGGACCAUUUAUAAUUAUGCCUCUCAUUUUUGUGUAUCCAAGAGCUCAUGUACUACAAAACAACUUGUACAUUACUGUUGUUACAUCAACAAUCAUCAAUUGCUACAGCCUGCAGAAACAAGAACACAAACAAACUCAUACCCACAUCUUUUUAAUCCCUUCAGUCAAAAGGAGAACUGAUGUUGCUACAGAGAUGUGUACUACAUGGUAUCACAGAACUGAAGGACAUGAAUUCUAUUCAUGCUGGUGAUGGUAUCAAUAUUAUUCUUUGAAUACCACCUGGAUAGUAAUUCUAUGCCAUACUAGUGACAUCAUGAUACGUUUAGUUUUGGAGACUUUAUAGUACUAUUUCCUUUAAUCUGGUGACAAGUUUAAGCACAACACAGAAACAAUCAAGAACUCAGUAAGCAACUAUAUAUACUUUCUACACCAUGUGAGCAAACUGGCUUCUUUCCUACCACAUACAAAUUCUGGGAUAUUGUAACUUACCAAAUAAUUUAACAUAAAUGACAAUGACAUGAGUGUGUAUAUAAGGUUCUUUAAAGAUCUUCAAAUAUAUAUACUGCAGCCAAAACAUAUGUGGUGAAAGAAUACCUAUUAAAACACCGUCAAAAUUAUUUUCAAUCCCUAAGGAUUGAAAACUGUGGUAGUUCAUGUUUCAUAAUAACAUGCAAUUCAGCAUUGUCAUAGUUCAUAAAAUUCCAUUAACAGUAAAACUAACGAAAUAUUAAAACUGUAGAAGUCAUUAUUCAUUACAGUUCUCAGCUGCAUAAGAGUUUCUGCACCAAUCACAGAAUGGAAUCUUGCUAUGUCAAACUGCAAAACUGUUCAAAACUAUAUAUGAACAGAAAUGAGAUGCUUCAUUACAAUUAAACUGCUCAGAAGCCCAAUAUGCAACAUUAUCAUAAUUCUGAAAUUCUAUAAAUACAGAUUUAACUCUUCCAUAAUAAUUCUGACACUUUUUAAAACAACCCUCUCUGUAAUGGUCUAUUCUCUUAAACUUCUUAGUUCUACAUAGAGACUCCAGUUGUCCACUAAAAUAUUUGGUUUAAAAAGAUGAAAUACAUGCUCCAUAUCAAGUGGAAGAGGGCAUGGAAGAGGAUUAUCUCAAUCCAGAUUAUCUGUUAUACUAUUAUGACACAACAAUGGUUGACAAACUAUUGCUAUGAUGAAAGUAUAUCAAAAUAUGAGACAAAAGAGGGUAAUGGCCUCUUAUGGGUGUAAAUAUAAUUCUAUUAGCUAUUGUGCCAAAUCUUCUAUUUUCAUGAGUAAAUUUGUGCAACGUAAAUAUGGCAAGAACAUUCAACAUGCAGGGAUGGAAAAUAAGCAGUACACAUUUUGUUUAUAUAAUGGGAUGGUACAUUUGCAAUAAUCAGAGAAUCCUUGUUCUAGUAACAGUACUCUUCUUAGUGCAAAUACAUUCCUGAUUUGUGAAUCCUACAUAUGCACCCCCUCCCCCCAAGACAUAAAUUCAGAGGCAACUGUACAAGCCUUGAAGAUUAUACAUGUUUGACCCUUUACAUCCUAAUAACUGUAUACACCAUCCACCUUCACUUUAAAAGUACCUUUCUUUUCAGCCUACACAUUGUAUUUAUGUGCUUCAUACGAUUCUCAGAAUAAACAGCGAUUCCAUUCCUAAACAGCAAUAACCAAUUAACCUUUGCAAUGAAGACAAAGUGUGUUUCCUGUAUGACAGGAACUGAAUUGGUUGGUUGGUUGGUUUCCAAUAGCUGUAUUUGGGAUCAUUUAACCCACUUUGCUUCUUGCGUCCCAACAGAGAGUUCUUUUGGGAAGUUUUUUCAUGUAUUAUUUUGUGAAAUUUCAUGCUUCAAGGGAUUAGGCUAAUUUACCACAGUCAACAUGACAAAACUGGAAUACGCACAUUUCCAACAUGAAAGGAAAUUGGGAGAGGAUCGAUCAGCAUGUUUGAUGUAUUGAUAUUCAUUCCACCAUUUCACAAUUGGUACAAAUUAGAACCCUCAUUAGGUACUACACUGCUAUACAGUAUUCAGACAAUACGGAAACUCAAAUCUGCAACAACAACAAAAAAAAAAAACUUAAUUACUAUGUAUUUAAUAAUUACAACAGAUAUCAACAAUAUCCCAGCAUAUUUUUUCUAUAUGACAUUCUGCAUAUUGUCAUAAACUCUAAAUAUUACUAACAAGAUUCAUUUCUCUUAAAACAAAGAAUUGUAUUUACAGCACUUCGAAUGUUACGUUCGUCCCAUUCAGCGGGAACGAACAGGAAGCAACCCGCUGUGACAAUAUUUCCAACAGGAGGCAACAAAUCAACAUCAAAGAACAACAACCACAGCUGUUAAGUUCAGACCCAACAACUGGUGUGACAUUAACAAAAACUGAGGCACUGUUAUACAAAGGCUACACUAACAAAAGCCUAAAGGCAACUGCAGAAUUUUAUAAUUGAAGUUUAUAUUAGAAUGGUUAGGUACUCUUACUUAAGGCAAAGACAGAGAGAAAAAACAAUCUACAAACAUGAAAUCACAAUUCUUAUUCUCACAAA